CGUCGUAGUAGGAUCGCGCGACUGCCGUUUGCCUACGGCCGCGCGCGUCACUUCUUUCUCUCGACUCUCGUCGUGUUCUCUCGUCAUUCCGUAAGCGAGCGAGCGAGCGCGUGCGCGCGCCGUAUGCUCCAGCAGUAAAGUAAUAUUUGGAGAAAUCGCUCCAUUGUGUGCUUGUGCAUAAACGCGAUUCGGAGUACAUACCAGUACAUAUCAAUACGCCCACCGCGACGCUAUCCAUGUGCGCGCGCCGCGCCGUAUGUAAACGCUGUCUGAUGUUUACGGAUCUGAUGUAGUGUUCUCGUCGUUCUCGAUCGCUCACUCGUGUUCUUCGCGCGUACACGCGCGCCUCUGUCCGGCAGCACGGCAAAGUGACUACCGACCGACGAACUGGUUCUAUCAUCGUGGAAUCGAGCGUGUUUUAUCAUCCGGCGUGUUUAGAAUCGAACGGGCCGGCCGGUGCCCGGUUUUUAUCAGGACACGAGGGACAAUGGAUUAAUUUUCACCAGGGUGCGAGCAGCUACCAGGCGCGGCGGCUUGGUCCAAGUUAUAAGCGGAGUGGAGCACAGCGGGAGUAAGCGAUAAAUCAAGACUGCCAUUAUGCCAGCUAAGCAGCCAUGAAUCGAGUAUCCUUGAGACCCGCGCGACGGACAAAGUUAUUUCCUACACGAACAAUGACGAGUUUGUUAACGUUACUUGUGUUCACGACGACGUUUUCUAAUGUAUUACCGGAAUCGGCAAUAAAUCCGGUGGGUAGUAUCGUCGGCUCAGGAUCAGGAGUUUCAUCCUCGUCCGGCAGUUCCUCAUCCUCGUCGUCAUCGGUGAUCGGCGUGGUGUCCGACAGUUCCAGUUCUAACGGCAACGGUGUUGGUGGUGUUGGAAACGGUAAUGGCGUUGGAGGUGUCAGCGGUAGUGUCGGUGGUAGCCAUUCCGUUAUAAAUGGAGGAGGUGGUGGACAUUCCGGCAUCGGAGGCGGCAACGCCGGCAACGGGAAGGGUCGAUGCGAAGAGAUCACAAUUCCUAUGUGCCGCGGUAUCGGUUACAAUCUUACCGCCAUGCCGAAUGAAUUGAAUCACGACACGCAGGAUGAGGCCGGCUUGGAAGUGCACCAAUUUUGGCCGUUGGUAGAGAUCAAAUGUUCAGCGGAUCUCAAAUUCUUCUUGUGCUCCAUGUAUGCACCGAUCUGCCUACCAGAAUAUACGAAACCACUGCCAGCAUGUCGCAGCGUGUGCGAGCGAGCGCGAACAGGAUGCGCGCCUUUGAUGCAACAAUACGGCUUCUCGUGGCCGGAGAGAAUGGCAUGCGAGCGUCUGCCGUAUCACGGUGAUCCGGAGAACCUGUGCAUGGAACAGGAUAAUCACACCAGCACUAGUACAGGUCCUGGUAGUAACGGUGGCGCAGUGAGCAGCGGUGUCCCAGGACCACCAGGGCCGCCAGCGCGGCCCACACGACCCAGCAAGACUUCGCAACCGGCCCGCUGUAAGCCGGGCAAGAAUCAAAAAAACUGCCAGCACCCCCCGGGGGAGAGGACGAGGGAUUGCGCGUGCAGAUGCAGAGCGCCCCUCGUGCCCCUGGGGGCGGGUGGUUCGGGGAUAUCAGGACCGAUAAGCGCCGUCAGCAGCAGCGUCAUCGGGACCGGCAACACCGGGGUCAACGCGGGGGCUGGUCUGGCCGGCAUAGCCGUAAGUGGGAUAAUGCCGGCGCCAGCACCGCCGUCGAUGGGAGGUAUCGGCCGAAGUAUCAUCCAGGAGAUCGCGGGGGUACAGAACUGUGCUCUACCAUGCCGCGGCGCGUUCCUCACCAACGAAGAACGCGAGUUCGCGGCCGUCUGGCUGGCGCUUUGGAGCGGCCUGUGCGCCGCCAGCACUCUCGUGACCGUCAUCACAUUCUUAAUCGACACCCAGCGUUUCAAAUAUCCUGAGCGACCGAUCGUCUUCCUGUCAGCCUGCUACUUUGUCGUAUCCUUGGGAUACUUGUCGCGGAGCGUGUUUGGUCACGAAGAAAUCGCUUGCGACGGUCCGGCUUUGAAAUCAGGCGCUCAGGGUCCAGGCGCCUGUGUCACUGUUUUUCUCUUGAUUUACUUCUUUGGUAUGGCUUCAUCAGUGUGGUGGGUAAUCUUGGCCUUUACAUGGUUUCUCGCGGCAGGUUUGAAGUGGGGCAAUGAAGCGAUAGCGUCGUAUUCGCAAUAUUUCCAUCUAGUGGCGUGGCUGGCCCCAACUGUACAAACGGUUUGGGCGUAUGUCGCAGGUGGCGUCGCCGGUGAUCCGGUAGCAGGAGUUUGUACAGUUGCUCCCGAGGGGGUGCGCAAUUUCAUCUUAGCACCUCUAUUCGUCUACCUUCUGCUGGGCACGACUUUUCUUCUGGCUGGUUUCGUGAGUCUCUUCCGAAUUCGAUCGGUGAUCAAACGUCAACCUGGAGCCAAGGCGGACAAAUUGGAAAAACUGAUGAUACGGAUCGGCGUGUUUAGUGUUCUCUAUACAUUACCGGCCAGCGUUGUGUUAGGCUGUCAUAUGUACGAGUCAGCUCUACGGGAUGAGUGGCUCAGUUCUCUAGCGUGUCCUUGUCAUCCACGAACAAGACCGUUAUACUCCAUUCUAAUGCUGAAAUAUUUCAUGGCUCUCGCAGUCGGCAUUACCUCAGGAGUUUGGAUCUGGAGUGGCAAGACGGUCGAUUCUUGGAAACGACUAUGGAGGCGUUUGUUCGGCGGUGAUCGCAGUCACAUGAGCGCCGGUGCUGGAAUGGUAGCCGGUGUAACCGGCGUCGGCAGCGGUAUCGGCAGCAGUAUUGGUAUCAAAGGAGUCGUAGGUCGAGGAAUCGCGAUGCCGUACCCAUCAGCGCCGGGUCCAGGCAGUGCUCUGUUGCCUCCAGGAAGCGUCGCCAGUGCGUCCCAACAUCAUCUACAUCACCAUGUACUCAAGCAACCCCCGCUUUCGCACGUAUGACGUCAUCAGUCUGCGGGGGGCGACAUGAAUACCGCUGGAUGCGUUGAGUCACAGCAGCAAGAGAGGCCUUCCGCCCUCAGCAAUUACGGGCCCAUCUAGCCCUUCGCCUCGGCCUCGCGCAGGCACAACGCGACGCCGCAUCCGGCGCCGCAUACGGCGCCACACACGCCCCAUUCGGCGGCGACCAUCUAUUCCAGGAGGUCGCUCGCGUCCACGACGGGGCCGCUGACGCCGGCGCAUGGCAUCGCGCCCUCCUACACGCAAGCUACCGAAGUAUGAAAGGUGAUAUCACAUGGAGGUGCAUAUAAGAUUGAACGAUUCAGCGGCCCAGCGUUUAAUGUCAACGGGCGCAUACUUUGCGCGAUGGACGAUGAGCGGUCGCGGUGCUUCUUGAUUACCCGAUAUACGUAUUAGCCUGUACGUGUCUUCUUCCGCGGGAAUCUCAAGGAAUCCUCUCUUCAGUUCGAAUCGGCGAUUUCUUCGGCGCCUUCAUCUUGCCAGUCGAAUCAAAGAAACUAUAUUCUAUGUUUUAUGAAAGGAUGAAUUUUGAUUGAUGGAACGAAGCGAUACAUUUUGAUAUUAUCGAUAGGGAGGAUCACUCGAGUGUCGCGGUAUAGUGAGAGUGUGAUUAGAAGAAAGAUUCAAUGAGUGGUACGCAAGAAUGUAUGUGCGUGCAUAAACGAUAAACGAUAAACGAUGAACAAUAUCGAUUGAUUUCUCUAUCUUUAUCCAUAUCUAUCUGUCUCUCUCUAAUCUUUCUUACAUUCUUGUAAGGCGGUGCUCGUAAAGCCCGUCAACGUGUCCGUCUAACGUGUAUCGUCUCGUCUAUUUAUCUAAUCUAGCCAUUAAAGAGCCGUGUUGGGGAUGUACACACGGAUGCAAUGCGUAAUACGCAAAAAAAAGCGGCAGCCUACUUUUUUCCUUCCCAGAAGAGAAAAAACUGCUAUGAUCUCUCGAUAUCGUGAGCUAUCCCUCUUUCUACGAGAUAUCCCUCUUCUUAUACUAAUUCUUUAUCACUGCCACCCUUCACGAUCGAAGGGUCGCGAAAUUGUGAAAGUAGUUUCAACUGAAAGUAGGUUGCCACUGCAAUAGAUGCAAUGAAGGAAAAACCAGUGUACAGGAUAAACGCUAAAGUAACAAAUUAGGCAGGAUGGACAACUGUAAAUAUUGUUCUUAGAUGUUAGUCGAUGCUGUAAAUAAAACGGUCGCCAGACUCAUUGUAGAGUAUUGAGGCGCAAAAGACGAUCACGCUUGUGGCAAAGGUUGUCAUUUCCUUUCACGGGCAGUUAUCAGACAAAACUCGUCGCACUUGAUGCAGACAGAAAAGUCCAUUAGUCCACGUUAUGCAACGUGGUAUACGCCGCUUUCGCCAAUUUUUCUCAAGAUAAUAUUCAAUUUCCAGUUUAUUGAAUAAUUACA